AUGUUCUCUGCACGCACACGUCCUUCACUUCGGAUGAGCAGUCUCAACGAGGUGCCAUCAACAGCAGGGAAGAAUUUCGACGGGUUCAUGGAGCAUUUUUCAGUCAAGAGAAACAUCAAUAUCAUUGGAGGCGAUAAUGGAUUGGAGCUGAGGCUUGUGAAGGAUGUGAAAAGGGGUGAGGUGCUUCUCGCCAUUCCCCGCAGAGCAAUCCUGGAAAUAGAUGAUGCUGCUACUUGUCCGUGUAAAGAAUACAUCACGGGAGAGAUGUGGCAGGCAAUCCCAUCAUAUGCAAAGCUUGCAAUCUACUUGCUAUACUCCAUCGAUCAUGCCGAGCAAGAUCCUCGGCCACUGAGAGAUUACUUCGACGUGUUGCCGAAACAAGUGCUGAGUACUUUCUCAUGGUCUGAAGAAGCGAUCCAAGAGCUGCAAGAUCCGUACAUGAUAGAGCAGAUUCAAACUCGGAGGAGGAAGAUUCAACGAUUGUUCCAUGAAAUUCAGAAAGGUCUCUCUCCUAGGAUAACUUACGAUCGACUCUUGUGGGCCAUCGAGAUCGUUCUUUCUCGAGCGUUUGCAUUCAGCAGGACGGGAGGGGAUGAUCUUGUCUUUUCUGGGACUAGCGUGAAGUAUGAUAACAGCAAGCAAGAGUUUCAGAUCGUAGCAGAGAAAGAUUUCAAAGUGGGACAGAGCGUUGAGAUAAGUUAUGGAUUGAAGAGCAAUCAUGAGCUCCUUCUAAGUUAUGGAUUCAUCUUGCCCGACAAUCCAGAGGAUUUUUUUGUUAUCACAGAUUCAAAGAAGUUUCUAUCAUCCGUUCUGAAUGUCAGACUAGGCGACGAUGUUGUGAUUGUCACUCCUAUCAUCACGAGAGAUCUCUUGGAUGAGAGUUUUGCGAGUAAACAGGCUUCGCGAAGAAUGUUAGCGACUUGCUUCGUGAAGGGAAAGGCAGUGGGCAACCAACUCAAGAUCCUUCCGGACGCCAUGGAGCUUCUAACGCGUCAGAUGAUUGUUCUGGAGCAGCAAUACGCUAUGAUGCAAGAUAUUUUCUCCAACGAGCAAUUCUCAUGA